AUGGCGCAGUGCCUGCUCUCCGUGCAUGAGUUCCUCCAGGACUCGUUCAUCCCGCAGGUGGCGGCCCUGUGCAGCGAUGAGGCCGAGAAGCUGGCCCGGAAAAACCAGUUGUCCUUCUGCGAGCUCGUCCGGCCCUUCUGCCGACUCAGCACUGAGGUUCACAUGCGGGAUCCCAACAAUCAGCUCCAUGUGAUAAAAAACCUGAAGAUCGCAGUCAACAGCAUUGUCACUCAGCCGCCAUUGCAAGCAGCAAUCCGGAAACUUCUCAAUGAUGUCGUAGCCUCCAAUCAACCUGCUGAAGGAUUAGUCCCAAAUGUGAUUACUGCCGGAGAUUACGACCUUAAUAUCAGUGAUCGCUCUAUUAAAGCUAGUGCCCCUUGGUACAAUAAUUGGAAAGAAACGCUCACGCAACUGAACAAGUCCAAGUUUUAUUCAGCAACUACGCCGUGGUUUGAGUCCUACCGGGAGAGCUUUUUUCAGAGCAUGCCGGCCUCCGAUCAUGAAUUCCUAAACCACUACUUGGCAUGCAUGCUGGUUGUUUCCUCACAUGAACCUGAACCUGUGGAACAGUUUUUAAAGUUAUCGCAAGAGCAACAUCGAAUUCAGCACAGCAAUGACUUUUCCUAUCCCAAAUGGUUUACCCCCAACACCCUAAAGUAUUAUGUGCUGCUGCAUGACGUCAGCUCUGAGGAUGAGAAGAGGGCUGAUUCCAUUUAUGAAGAGAUGAUACAGCGGUAUGGGACUCAGGGAUGCUACUUACUCAAAAUUAAUUCCAGAACAUCCAGCAAAGGAGCAGAUGAACAGAUACCUGAUCCCUGGAGUCAGUACAUCCAGAAAAACAGCAUUCACAGUCAGGAUUCUUAUGAAGAUAGUACUAACGCUGCUCCACUAAAUACACAUUCAGACCAUGUUGUACCUGUGGAUGGGCUGGAAAACUAUGAGAAAGAGACUUUGUCAAACAGUUUGAAGGCACACCCACUUGACCAGCUUAGUGAUGCUGGUGGUAGUUUUGAUGGGCUUGAUAAUGGCCGGCCACCAGGUACUAUGACUGAGACAAAGAAGGCGCUGACUGGAACGCCCCAUGGCAGUUGUUUGACGCUUACAGACCAUGAUCGCGUUAGGCAGUUCAUCCAAGAAUUCACCUUCCGAGGACUCAUACCACAUAUAGAAAAGUCAAUAAGACAGCUGAACGAUCAGUUGAUAUCCAGGAAGGGAUUGAGUCGAUCAUUGCUUUCUGCCACAAAGAAGUGGUUCACUGGUGGUAAAGUACCAGAGAAAAGUGUUAAUGAGCUGAAGAAUACCUCAGGCUUAUUGUAUCCCCCAGAGGCUCCUGAGCUCCAGAUUAGGAAGAUGGCUGACCUGUGUUUUUUGGUUCAGCAUUAUGACUUGGCAUACAGUUGCUAUCACACUGCCAAAAAGGACUUCCUGAAUGACCAAGCGAUGCUUUACGCUGCUGGGGCCCUGGAAAUGGCAGCAGUAUCUGCUUUUCUGCAACCAGGUGCUCCCAGGCCGUAUCCAGCUCAUUACAUGGACACUGCAAUCCAGACAUACAGGGACAUAUGCAAGAGUAUGGUUCUGGCAGAAAGGUGUGUCCUGUUGAGUGGUGAAAUAUUAAAAAGUCAGGGUAAAUAUUCUGAAUCUGCUGGUCUUCUCAUCCGUCUUACAAGUGAGGACUCGGAUCUCCGGAGCGCACUUCUUCUUGAGCAAGCUGCUCAUUGCUUCAUCAACAUGAAGAGUCCUAUGGUGAGGAAGUUUGCUUUCCACAUGAUUCUAGCAGGCCAUCGUUUUAGUAAAGCAGGCCAGAGAAAACAUGCCCUUAGAUGUUAUUGCCAGGCUAUGCAAGUCUACAAAGGAAAAGGCUGGUCAUUAGCUGAGGACCACAUUAACUUUACUAUUGGUCGUCAGUCUGUUACUUUGCGUCAACUGGACAAUGCGGUGUCUGCUUUCAGACAUGUUUUAAUCAAUGACAGCAAACAGCCAGCGUCACAACAAGGAGCCUUUCUCCGGGAGUAUCUCUACGUUUAUAAGAAUGUGUGCCAGCAAUCUCCAGACAGUCCCUUACCUCAGCUACCAUUACCGUAUAUCAAUAGUUCUGAGACGCGCGUCUUCUUUGGUCAUGAUAGACGGCCAGCGGAAGGUGAGAAGCAAGCAGCGACCCAUGUCAGUCUUGACCAAGAAUAUGACAUUGAGUCUUCUCAGCAGUGGAGAGAGCUAGAAGAGCAAGUGGUAGCAGUAGUUAAUAGAGGUGUCCUUCCCGCCGGCUUUCAGCCAACACAGUAUUGUUUAAACAGCAAUUCAGAGAACUCCAAAUUUCCUUUUGCUGUCGUACAAGAGCCAAUAACAGUGGAGGUGUCCUUCAAAAACCCUCUGAAGGUUCCACUUUUGUUGACCGACGUAUCCCUCCUUUGGAAAUUUCAACCAAAAGAUUUUAGUCAGAACCAAAAUGAAGAAAUGAAGGAGCCGACCAGCAAUGAAAAGGAUCUGCUCUCAAAGGGGAAAGGUUUCAGCGAUGUCAUUGGCACAGAAGAGAUCAGCGAGUUUUUAAUCAACAAUGAGGAAACAAAAAUUGCAAGAUUAAAGCUACUUCCACAGCAAACAGGGGAGUUGCACAUUCUUGGUAUAGUCUAUAAUCUUAGCACAAUUCAGAGUGCUAACAGCCUGGACGGAGUCACUCCUCCAAAUAAUGUACCAACAGGGAAAUUCAUAUCUAAUGGAAUGUCAGUCAGAGGACGACAGGACUUGGAGAUACAAGGCCCUCGACUAAAUGGUACAAAAGAAGAAAAAACAUCUAUUCAGUAUGGACCUGACCGCCGGUUAGACCCAAUUAUCGCACCACAAAUGCCUUUAUUGGAGGUGUUCUUCAUAAAUUUCCCCACUGGACUGUUGUGUGGAGAAAUCAGAAAAGCUCACGUUGAAUUUGUGAAUGUAAGCAAAAGUCCACUAACAGGGCUCAGAGUCGUGUCCAAAAGACCGGAAUUCUUUACAUUUGGCAGCAAUACGGCAGCACGGACACCACUAAGCCCUGCAGCGUCUAUGAACUGCAGCGCCUAUAAGACCGUUGUCACGGAUUCUACCUCUGGCUGCUCUGUGCUGACUUCAUCUGUUACUCCUGUAGACUUUGGUUUUGGUGGCGGAAACCAGCCGGAGGUUGUAGAUAUUCCACUUACAGACUCUGUUUUAGCUCCUGGUGCUUCAGUCCAGCUUCCACUUUGGCUGCGAGGACCUGAUGAAGAAGGAGUUCAUGAGAUAAACUUUUUAUUCUACUAUGAAAGCACAGAAAAGCAGUCACAAAUGCGCCACAGAGUGUUAAGACACACUGCAGUUAUAUGUACAAGCAAGUCUCUGAACGUUCGGGCUACUGUCUCCAGAAGUAAUGCCCUGGAAGAUGAGGAGAGCAGAGGAGGAAACAUGCUUGUAUUUGUGGAUAUAGAAAACACGAACACAAGUGAAGCAGGUGUUAAAGAAUUUCAUAUAGUACAAGUGUCCAGCAGUAGUAGGAACUGGGAGCUGCAGAAAGUGGUCAAUCCCACAGCUGAUAAAGAUACUAAACUUACCGGAAGAGAAAGGGCCAAAAUGUGCUUCAAAGUGGUUCGUUGUAAACAGUCCUCCUUAGGUCCUGAACAGCCAUCGGACAAAUACACCUUUGGUGACAUUGUUUCCGGAGGAGAACAGAUAAUAAGCUCAACCACUCCUUGUGCAGAUUUCUUUUUCCGAAGUUGUUUAUCACAGUUUAAGAAAAAAGAGCCUCCUCACACAAAUUACGCCACAAAAUCACUACCUGACGAGGCAGUUCGGUUGAUACAGAAGUGCAGUGAAAUAAACCUUAGUAUAAUUGUAUUGUGGAAGGCAUAUGUCAUAGAAGAUAACAAACAGCUUAUUUUAGAAGGCCAGCAUCACGUGACGCUGCAGACAAUCGGAGCAGAGGCACGGUCUUCUCCUCAAAAGCAGGAGCAGCCGGAAAUGGUUCUACUAAAAUUUAGUAGACCAGAGCAAACGACUGUAGCUGUGAGACCGUCUCCAGAACAACUUUCCAAUCUGAUAAAAACAAGCCUCCACUACCCAGAGUCCUUUAAUCACCCUUUCCAUCAGAAAAGCCUUUGUAUAGUUCCAGUUACACUUGUGCUUUCCAAUAGUUCUCAGGCAGAAGUUGAAGUAAUUAUCGAUCUAAGACAUAAAACAACAGGCCCUGAAGCCUUAGAAAUCCAUGGUUCUUUUACCUGGCUGGGGCAAACUCAGUACAAACUUCAGUUGAAAAGACAUGAAAUAUUUCGCCUGAAGCUGAAUGCUUGUUUUGUCCACACCGGAAUCUAUAAUCUUGGAACCCCCAGAGUGUUUGCCAAGCUGGCCGACCAAGUCACGGUAUUCGAAACCAAUCAACAGAGCUCCAUGCCAGCACUGAUAGUCAUUAAUAAUGUGACUGAUUGAUUCCUUUCCAUGAAGGCUCCCACGUUCCCGGAUGUCUGCCUCCUUAUAUGAUGCUCUGAGAGAUUCCAUAGGAAGCAUUUAGACUGUUGACUCCUUCCUUAUGCAAGAAGUGACUGAUUCACCCACCUGCCCUGUGUAAAAAAAAACAUUACAUUUUACCUGAAAAAAAAAUUAUUUUCUCAUAGUCAAUCAAAAUGUUAACGUUUGGUUCAAAUGUGUUUCCGACGAAUUACUAUUGUCUAUGAGCCCAUUCAUGUGAGGUGUUGCCGUCAUUUGCACUUUUUGGUCUUCAUGGCUGUUUAUUUCCCAGAUGUAGCUAGAUUUGUUUGGGGGUGUUUUAUGAUUUGAAGGCACUCGUGUGAAAAGAUAAUGACUAAAUAACUUCAUAAUUGUAACAACCUGAUUCAUCUCAGUAAAGAGUGCACUAUUUUACACAACCAGAACAUUCAUGUCAAACCUUAUUCACUUUAUUGUGGAACUUUAACGAUUAGAAAAGGCCCACGUAUGAUGAAAAGUCCGCUUUUGAAUAGAGGAUGAUGUAUUAUAUUUAUAAGAAAUGUAUUGUACAUAGAAUAAAACAUAUGCCAUAUUUGCUGUUUUAAAGACUUUCCUUGCAUAUAAUAGGCUGUACGAAGGGCCCUAAUAUAUACUACUUGUUGCUUAAUUAUGUUAACAGUAUAAAAUAAUGUACAUACUACAUUAAAAGUUUUAACAAGUA